AUGUCCCUUACAUUGGUGGUCAGUGGGAAGAAUGUCCCCUUACAUUGGUGGUCAGUGGGAAGAAAUGUCCCUUACAUUGGGGGUCAGUGGGAAGAAUGUCCCUUACAUUGGGGGACAGUGGGAAGAUUGUCCCCUUCCAUUGGUGGUCAUGGGAAGAAUGUCCCUACAUUGGUGAUCAGUGGGAAGAAUGUCCCUUACAUUGGUGGUCAGUGGGAAGAAUGUCCCUUACAUUGGUGGUCAGUGGGAAGAAUGUCCCUUACAUUGGGGUCAUUGGGAAGAAUGUCCCUUUACAUUGGGGGUCAGUGGGAAGAAAUGUCCCUUACAUUGGUGGUCAGUGGGAAGAAUGUCCCUUACAUUGGUGGUCAGUGGGAAGAAUGCCCCUUACAUUGGUGGUCAGUGGGAAGAAUGUCCCGUACAUUGGGGGUCAGUGGGAAGAACGCCCCUUACAUUGGGGGUCAGUGGGAAGAAUGUCCCUUACAUUGG